AUUCCAGCAGCUGGGUCCAGUUCCAGGUUUUUGAGCGGCCUCUGUCUGUGGCUGGCAGCAGCACAGCGUGAAGGCAGUGGGAAACAGAAACACUAUGGCUGCCACUCUGUCUCUUACUCAGCUUUCCAGUGGAAAUCCGAUCUAUGACAAAUACUAUCGACAGGUGGAUCCAUCUGGCAGCGGGCGGGUGGCAGCAGCUGAUGCAGCUCUGUUUCUGAAGAGGUCGGGCUUAGCUGACCUGGUGCUGGGGAAGAUCUGGGAUUUGGCGGACUCUGAACGAAAGGGCUCACUUAACAAACAGCAAUUCUUCAUAGCAUUGCGGUUGGUGGCUUGUGCACAAAAUGGCCUGGAGGUGGCGCUCAAGAGUCUUAACGUGGCUGUUCCUCCCCCCAAGUUUCAUGACACCAGCAGCCCAUUGUUAGCAGGAGGAGUGGUCAUUGAUGUUCCCUGGGUGGUCAAGCCCGAGGAAAAGAUGAAGUUUGACUCCAUCUUUGACAGUCUGAGCCCGGUCGGAGGGAUGCUGACAGGAGAGAAAGUGAAGCCUGUCCUGCUCAAUUCGAAGCUGCCUGUAGACAUCCUGGGACGGGUGUGGGAGCUCAGUGACCUCGACAGAGACGGCAUGUUGGACAGAGAUGAGUUUUCUGUGGCUAUGUAUCUGGUGUAUAGAGCUCUGGAGGGUGAACCUGUUCCUAUGUCCCUACCGCCUCCCCUGGUUCCCCCUUCCAAAAGGAAAAAACCCUCUGUGCCUCCUGUGAUGCCCCUGUUGCCCUCACCCCCUUCUGUCAAAGACAGAAGCUCCUCCCACGCUGGCUCCAAGACUAUGCCCCACCCUCCAAAACCCGCCCCAGCUCCUGCCCCAACACCAGCAGCUGCCCCUUGGGUGGUGACUCCAGCAGACAAAGCCAAAUAUGACGAGCUGUUCAGUAAGACGGACGGUGAUCUGGACGGAUUGGUGUCUGGACCUGAAGUCAGGGACAUCUUCUUGAAGACCGGGCUGCCCUCUGCCACGCUGGCGCGUAUUUGGGAGCUCUGUGACAUUGGCGAUAUAGGAAAACUCACCCGAGAGCAGUUUGCUCUGGCGCUGUAUCUGAUCAAUCUCAAGCUGACGAAAGGCCUUGACCCACCUCAGAGCCUCUCGCCUGAGAUGAUUCCUCCUUCUGACAGACAAAACAUUAAACAAAACAAUGCAGCGAACCUGGCAGCUGACUUCUCGGCCAUUAAGGAGCUGGAUUCUCUCAGCAACGAGAUCGUCGAGCUACAAAGGGAGAAGAGCUCUGUGGAGGAGGAAAUAAAGGAGAAGGAGGAGGCCAUCCGACAGCGCAGCAGCGAAGUGCAGGACCUUCAGGAUGAGGUUGCGAAGGCGAGCGAGGAGCUGCAGCAGCUCCAGGCUCAGCGGCAGAAGGUCCAAGAGGCUUUGGAGGAGCUGGAUCAGCAGAAAGGCUCCCUGGAAGAGCAGCUCACUCACAUUCGAGAGCAGACUAGCCAAGAGACCCAGCUGAUUUCAUCACUGCAGACAGAGCACGAGGAUCAGGAGCAGAGGAUAUGUCAGUAUGAGGAGGAGUUGGUCCAAGCGCGCGAGGAGCUCCUGGCUCUGCAGGAGGAGAGCAGGAAGCUGCAGGAGAAGGUUCAGGCUGCUCAGGAGCAGCUCACGCCUCUUCAGGAGUCGGUGCGUGACUCCUUCACACAAGUUGCACAGGUUCAACAGAAACUGAACGACCUUCAGGUGGAGGAGAGGUCCGUGACGGCGCAGCUCAGCUGGAAGCGAGCCCUGGAAGACAGCUCUCCCGUCAUGGUGAACGGGUCCGCAGGCCACAUGGCGGAGCUGCAGCAGGGGGACCCGUUCGGCCAGGACCUCUUCCAGGAAGAAGACCCCAAAGAGCUGAAGGUGGAGGAGCCAGAUGCCGCCAGCAGCCAGCUGAUAGACGGUUCGGAUCACAAGGAAAAAGAAGGAGAAAGUGAGAAAGAGGGAGAUGAUGAAGUAGAAAAUGAAGAAGAAGAGAAGGAGGAAGAAAGUCCAACGACAUUGGAGGAAGAAAAGCCGAAACCUGAUGCCUUGGACAAUCUUUACACCAGUCUCGCCACUUCUGACAUGUACAGUGGUCUGUCAGCCAUUGCCAAGCCACGGGACCCCACUGAGCACAAUAGCCCCGUACCUGACGCCUGUUCAGAGGUUGUAGAUGAUGAUGAAGAGUCGUCAAAGGACAGCCCACUGAAGGUUUCAUCUCCAGAGCCGGAGAGCCAACAAGAGGCGGAGUCCACGGAAACACACACCUCCUCAUUACCUCCUCAAGCCGGUCCUCGCUCCAAGCUCCCACAGGCCAGCUCUCCCUUACUGCCUGAGAUGGACUUUUUCCAGUCAGACCCCUUUACUGACCAUGAUCCCUUCAAGGAGGAUCCUUUUGGAAAGGCCGACGUUGCAGAUCCGUUUGGAGGUGAUCCGUUCAAAGGCACAGACCCCUUUGCUGCGGACUCUUUCUUCACCCAGAACUUCAACUCUGCUUUUCGCCAAGAGGACCCUUUCUCUGCCUCAGCUGACCCUUUCGGUACCACCCCUGGUAUGCCAGAACCGGAUCUCUUUGCUGCCAAGCAGAACGACGUGGCAGCUGCUACGGCGAGCGGCCCAGAUCUCUUCAGCACAAAACCCACUGAACCAAAUUCUGCACCCGUGGACCCGUUCGGCUCCUCUGAGAACAAUGCGGCUGAGUCAGACCUUUUUGGAGGGAAGGAGAACGCGAUGGGGGAGGCAGAUCCGUUUGGAUCUCAGGAGGGAGGGCCGGACCCUUUCAGCUGCUCCCCGCCGAGCUCUGAUGUGACAGUGAAGGACUCUGCAGCAAGCAAUGACCCUUUCGCCCCAGGUGGUACGACAGUCAGCGCCACUUCAGAUCCAGAUCCGUUUGCUGCAGUGUUUGGAAACGAGUCGUUUGGAGGGGGCUUUGCAGAUUUCAGUGCCUUGGCUAAGUCAAACGGUGCUGAUCAGUUUGGCAUCAACAACAAGAACUUAUUCCAAGACGACAGUCAGUCUGCCGGCUCCGACGUUCCCCCAGCCCUGCCUCCAAAAACGGGUACGCCAACCAGACCCCCUCCUCCGCCCCCAGGUAAGAGGUCGUCCAUCUCUAGAACGGAGUCCUCUGACUCCUUCCAUCGACGAGGGCACUUCCUCCCACAGACCUCAGGAGACUUCUCCUCCUCUUCCUCCUCCUCCUCCCUGCCUGCAAAGGAUCCUUUAGCUGACCCCUUCGCCCCCUCCUCCCCUCCUCGUCACAACGUACGGGAAGCUGAUCGAUUUGCCAGCUUUGACAAAUAUCCAACCGAGGAAGACAUGAUAGAGUGGGCAAAGCGCGAGAGCGAGCGAGAGGAAAAGGAGCGACUUGCCAGGCUCACCCAGCAGGAACAAGAGGACCUGGAGCUGGCCAUCGCCCUCAGCAAGUCUGAACUCUCUUGAAGAGCCCCCUCCCCUCCCCCCUCCCCUCCUCCCCCUCCACCGGUCAGGCUCGGCACGGCACAGCACAGUCUGGCCCGACCCAGAAAGCACCAAAGCAAAGUGGGGAUUGUACAUGACUCAUUCAGCAGCACCUGCUUCCCCAUGACAAGACUAAAAACUUCUGGCUGAAUCUUUCAGCUCCCUCCUCCUCCUCCUCCUCCUCCUCCUCUUCCUCUUCCUCCUCCCUGACCCCUCACUGUUCACUGGCUUCAUUUGCAGUGUCACGUUCUUCCAUCCCGUCGGUCUCUGUGCUUUCAAGAUGUGGAUAUAAGGACUACGAUGAAGUGUUUGCUCGAAAGAGUGGAUUGAUUUCAGUGAAAAAAGGGUUUGGAAAGGUUCAAGUUUUAGGAUUGUGGAGUUUUGAUCUCAGAGCCCGGCAGCAAAGGCCACCCUAACUCUCCAGAAUGUAAAUUAUUUAUCCUGUACUCACACCAAUAAUGAAAAGGCCUUUGCCAGACGUCCAGGUUAAACCAAUCACCUAACUCACUACACCUUGUUGUAUCUCAUUUCUCGCAAAUUAGUGAGAAUUUCAGGAAGGUUUUAGUUCAGAUACUAAUUUUGUAGAACCGAAAAAUGUCACUCACACCCAGCCUCCGAAUAUUUCUGAAACAACCUCAGUAGUCUGGGAACACAGAUUUUAUAGGUUCUAUAACAUGUUUUCCUGAGUGUUUUUAAUCCCUCUGAAAUGGAGGACUGCCAUGUCCACUGUUCAGCAAACGCAGUGCAAGUUUUUCUUUUUUUCUCCAUUCAACAUAAUUCAACACUUGUACAGUUUUUCCUGGAACUUACCAGUCCUGUCAGAUGUGAAAAGCAUUAUGUAGGUUUAUACUAAAGUAGAACAAGUCUGCUACAACUACCACCUUUGGCUUUGUGAUGCUUUAUCUUUCUUUUUGAAAGUCAGUACUGUGUUACUUUCCUUUUCUUAAACUCCACCAAUACUUUUGUUUUUAAUUAAAAAAAAGGAUAAGGAAUAAAAAAUGAUCAUAACCAUAUUUAAUGAAUACACAUGGUUGCAUUAAAAUUAGGUGAGGCCUAAAGUGGGUUACACAAGAAAUUUAAUUAUUUUGAGGGAAAAAAUGUUUUGUCUCAGACCCACCAGAGGACUGUAGUACAUUAGUUUUAAAUCGAUAGAAAAGGUUGCAUUUAGUAUUUGUUUUCCCUAAAAGUGGCCAAACAUUUUCUUUACUUUUAUUUUACAAUUAGUUUAAAAAAAA